GGUCUCAAAAGUGCACCCGUCUUCCGCAUAAUGUUGAAAAUCGCUGGUGUAUUAAUUGCCAGCAUAACGGCUGUCCUAGCCGUGUCCUCCACAGUGGGAUCCGAUGCCGACUAUUUGGCCGCUUGUAAUUCAACAUCAAGAUGUCAAAAGCGGGGAAUGUUUUGUUGGGAAGGGGUCUGCCAAUGUCCGCCCAACACGGCUCCGAUAGUAUUUCGAGGGCAGCUCCGUUGUCGAGAUAUCGUGCAAAUAAAAAGGAUUUCAACGAUUGAAGACCAUCCCUGGGUAAUUUCGAACGCGUCGUGCCUCUCGUCCAAGAAGACGGUGGCCAAGUGGUCCUGCCGCCACAGUCCCUGCUAUUCCGGGAUCUUGGUCGACCUCUUGCGCAGUGCGGACGAGGACGGAAAGUUUCUGGACAAUUGCACAAUCACGGAGGUCACUUCGGUUGGACAGUUUAAAUCCGGAACUUGGACGAACAACUCGAUCAUGGAUCACCUCGCGGGAAACAAAACUGAUCUUGGACUUGCCAUUUUCAAUGAACCCACCUUAUCGCCACACGUUCGGGCGGCCCUCCGUUUUAAGUCCAUAUUCGUGGGAAACUAUGAAAACAAGACUGAUUUAGGGAUCGCAUUUCCCAAGUCUUUUGAUAAAUGGCACACUCAUGAUUUGGGUGAUAGACUUCAGCAAGUUCAAGAGUCCGGCCGGGCGGGAGAGAUCUUUGAUAAAUAUUUCCUCCAGGAUGGGCUAACUUUGUGGAAAAAGGAGAAACAAUUGACGACUUUUAGGCCGAAACGGGUCGUUUAUUGGUUGUAGCUAAUGUACUGGAAAAAUGCUAAAGACAUUGUUUUCAAUGUGGGUGGGAAAUUUCCUUAAUUGAGAAAAGUUCGCAGAAAUGUGAGAAAAAAUAAAGAAGUUGAGUAGAUUCA